UGUUGUGAUCAUACAAUAAGGUUGUGAUAGGCCGUUGGUGAUUUUGGCCUUUUCAUUGGCCUGUGCCAUGUCGUAAGCGCAAGUCAUUUGACUGCGCAGGGACAUGAAAACGUGCGCAUGUGCAACGUGUCGGUGUACGGAGAUAUCGGACUAACACUACUAACCGUCCUGUAACUGUCUUGAAAUACUAAAAUAUUUAUUAUCAUUGACCUGCCAGGUUAGUAUAUUCCAUUGCAUGGAAUGUCAGUAAUAAAACGCAUGUGUCAUCGUUGCCUAUUGACGUAGAGCUAAUGUUACUGAGAGUUAAUCGCAAGUAAGUGUAACCUCGAAAUGUGGGUAUUCGGAUAUGGGUCUUUGAUUUGGAAAGUUGACUUUCCUUUCGAAGAGAAACGUAUUGGUUUCAUCAGAGGAUUUAGUCGCAGGUUUUGGCAAGGGAGCACCGAUCAUCGAGGUGUCCCAGGGAAGCCAGGCCGGGUGGUGACACUAAUAGAAGACCCUGAGGGCUGUGUCUGGGGUGUUGCUUACAAACUUCCCUCAGGCAAGGAGCAGGAGGUUAAGGAGUACCUAGACUACAGGGAGAAAGGAGGGUACCAAGUGAUACCGGUGACGUUCCAUCCCAAAGAACUGGGUAAGGAGCCCAUGCAGGAGACCCUACUGUACAUCGGCUCCUGCGACAACCCGGACUACCUGGGUCCUGCCCCUCUUGAAAUGAUCGCGAAGCAGAUAUCGACCUCAGUGGGGCCCAGCGGUCGAAAUACCGAAUACCUGUUCGAGCUGGCCGACGCUCUUCGACAACUAGUACCGGAGGACCCGGACGAGCACUUGUUCUCCCUGGAGCGACGUGUUCGAGAGUUGCUGGACGAGACAAUUAAGUGACAUUGAUACCCGAAAGCAAAGCCGUCUCAUUAUAUGAACCCUCAGGACACAAAAGUAAUGAAUGUCUACAAGCUGUAGGUUCUACAGCUGCCGGCGUCACUUGUUUUUUCUUAGAGUAGUACGUUCAAUAAGUUUUAAGUUAUAUUUUGACUCCAUAUUCGGUAUCAAUGACGCCAAACCCUUCUCCUGGAGAGCCAUCUUAUCAGCAACAAACCUCACACAUCUGGUUGUUUCAGAUGCGACUGGAGGGCUUGAGUAGCUGCAUCAACUUUUGGCAAUUACAAGAAAAUGUUCAAUUUAUGUUUAUGACAUUCAUAACUUGAAUAUAUUGGCAUAUUACAUUUAUGUGUAAUGAACAUAAAUAUCAAAUUGUGCCAUGGGGAGAAUGCAGACUCAUGUGCCGAAAUUUGACAAAGUAGACAUUUGGAUGGAAUCCUGAAUUUAAUCAUAAAAAAAUAGCUUAAUACCCUAUUUAUAAACAGGUUUAUUUGAAACCAGACACAAAUCUUCAGUCUACAGGAGACAGGGUGCAUAUGAGGUCUCGCUGCUACAACCUCAAAGCAGUGUCGAGAGAUGUUUUGACAUCACAGAAAAAGACAAAAUGCAAAGUUUUGCAUUUGAUUUAGCACUGGUCAUAAAUACCAGACAGAACUGUAAGAAUAUGACUUCUGGAACAAGGUCACCAUUCAAGCAGCACUGCUUACCAGUCAACCGCCUGGAUGGUGAUGGAGACAGCAGCUGUGAAUAUUCCAGGAGGACUCCAUCAUUGACGGCAGAAACAGGUCCAAAUUCUGCCCCUUUGAGUUAGGCUUCAAGAACCUAUAUAAUAUCUAUAAAAACUGUAUUUUCUGAAUGGUAAAAAGAGUAAGCAGGGGUCAAAAUCUAGUGUCACAAUUUUCGCAAGCUUGCAGAGACCUCUGUAAGAGCAUAAUUUUAUGCCGUUGAUUUACAUACAGCACUUUGGAUGCCAUUUUAGAGUAACUCUAAAAUCUAAAAAAAAAAAAUCUUAAACUACUAAAUAUCACUGUGCAAUGCAGCAAAUCAGUUCUAUAAUUGUAUGGAUUCUGUCAUGGAUGUGUCUCGUGUAAUUUCCCCUAAUACAUGUGAUUUCUAUUUGUGACCCUUUUUUUUUUUUCCAACUAUAAAAAUGUAUAAGUUUUCAUCUGUUGGGUGAGGUACUCUUCUACUCAGGUCAUUCUGAUGUCCAAAACACGUCCAAAUUGAACAAGCCAUCCUUUCCUCAACCAAGCUGCUUUAACAGAUGUUCUGCUUGUCAACCACUUGGUGUAUGUUCAGCCUGAACAUCAAUACCAUGAUUCAUGUCACUACAUUCAUUGUUACACUGUUGUAUCCCCCUCAAUAAUAGCACGUCCAGUUUCACUCUGAA